UGCAGACGGUCUUUGUCCUUGAUGCAUCGGCUGUAUCAUUCACUUCCUAAGAAAUGUCAUAAUGUUGCCAUGAUAUUGCAUGGUUGUGGUGUCUACGAUGGAAGCGAGAUUAUCGAGGCUACGAGCAUGCUCAUUCACUUAAGCAGGCAAAAUGUUAACGUGUCCAUGUUUGCACCGAAUAUUAAUCAGAUGCACGUGAUCAACCAUCUGACGGGUGAGCCCAUGCAUGAGACCAGAAAUGUACUAAUCGAAUCUGCGCGAAUUGCUCGAGGACAGGUUUCUCCUUUGGCUCAAUUACAAGUGAGCAAUUUCGACGCACUCUUUAUUCCUGGUGGCUUCGGGGCCGCAAAGAAUUUAUCAAAUUUUGCAGAAAAGAGCGCAGACUGCACCAUUUUACCCGAAGUGGCAUCUGUCUUGAAACAGUUUCAUGCAUCUAUGAAGCCCAUUGGGAUGUGUUGUAUCGCGCCGGUUCUUGCUGCGAAAUGCUUGCCCGGAGUUGAGUUAACAAUGGGGGGCGAUUCUGAACAAGGUGGACUUUGGCCCUACGCAGGUGCUUCUCAGGCCGCAAGGCAGAUGGGAGCCAAAGUAACACCCACGAACGUGGCCGAUAUCCACAUAGACGAAGAUAACAAAUUAGUCACCACUGCCGCAUUCAUGUGUGGCAAGGCCUCCAUCUCGGACAUAUUUGACGGCAUCGGCGAGCUAGUGAGCGCCGUCAUUCGCAUUUGACCUGCAAUAAGAAAACUGCGCACCCAUCGGCAUGCUGUCUGCCUCACAUCUGUCCGGUGUCAUGUUUACAACGUGCAACAUUGUCGACGAACCUCUCACUCUUCAUACCAUUCGCACUUUUAAUCGCUGACAGAUGCACUGGUUCUGUUCUACUUACUGAAUACUAGUUAGAACUAUUUUCGCU